AUGUGUACGCCCGACGAGAAUGCGGACUUCAACCCGACCGACGAGCAUGCGUAUAUAUCUGCAGACAACACAAGAGUUGUUACAAGUGCUUUCAAUCUGUCCCCCAGCAAGCGUCCCCGAAAAGGGCGCGUCUACGAAUCCGACCCAAGACUGCAGGAUUGGGUCCCCGUCCCGGAUGCCACCAUGGAUGAGGUAGAUGCUCUGGCUACGUCAGUCUCAUCUUUCGACGUUGACCUUGACGAAGUCGUGACAAAACGCAAGCGCUACGAGUCGGAUGAUCCUAUGGAGGUGUGGAAAAGUGUGUCGGGGUUGUUUCUCGACGAAAUCGUACGACACGAUGGUUUGGGUCAGCGAACCCAGUGCGCCGUCUGCCCGACCAAAGUUAACCAGGCCGGCCAGCGCUUUUUUCGAUGCCGACAAUGUGGGGUGCAAAUCUUCUGCGAAAGUUGCGUCAAAAAACAGCACCAAUGGUCACCUUUGCAUACUAUUCAGGAGUGGACUGGGAGCUUCUGGACAGAGGUUUCGCUCUACCACAGUCGAGUGGAGAGCGGGGGGCGCUCAGGCCUUGGCGCUAUGUAUCAACUAGGACAUUCGGGUGCUACAUGUCCCUUCCCUGGUAAUCGGCGGUCAAUGGUUGUCAUCGACGUCAAUGGAAUCUUUGUCGUUGACAUACAGUACUGCGAUUGCCACAAUACCAAUGGCUCUGACAUGCUGCAGCAACUACUCCGGAAUGGAUGGUACCCAGCGACAACCAUCAACCCAGCGACCUGUGCCACCUUUAAUGUGCUUGAACUGUUUCGUCUGCUCCGCACCAUUGGCAACCUCAAUGUCCAUGACUUCAUGCGGACUUUGGAGAGGUCAGGCGACCCCACCUUAACCUGCGACACUCCUGAUCGGUACAAAGCAUUUGGGCGGAUGGCUCGACAGUUUGAUUUCUUGAAGCGGAUGAAGCGAGCGGGUCGCGCGUACGAGGCUGAUGGAAUGGCUACAACGCCACCCGGUGGGUUAGCAGUAUUAUGUUGGGCGUGUCCAGCGGAGGGAAGAAAUCUCCCCGAGGGGUGGCGUAACGUGAAGCCAAGCCAACGCUAUCUUUACCGAUUAAUCCUCUCCAUCGACGCGAACUUUCGCCUCAAGAAUCGCCUUCGACCGAAUGAGCAUCAAGACCUGUCGUUAGGCUCAGGCUUGGGAUAUUUCGUGGAGUCAUCAUCGUACAAGGAUCACCUCCGAAGCUAUGUCAAAGAAAAAGAUGUCAGCUCUUGUGUUGCCUUUGCUGCUCUGCUCCAGAAGGAGACUCGUUUAACGACCGGAUUGCGUGUUUCUGGGGUUGCCGGAUGUGUUUGUGCCCGUCAUGGGCUGGUGCGAGCUCGAGGACUAGGAGAUCUACAAAAGGGAGAACGGUAUGCAAAUGUGGAUUGGAUUGUGGCAUGCACACUCUGGACCGAGCGGUUAAUGGAGUAUGGCUUCGCCUAUGACAUCGUUUGCCAAUGGAUGAUAAAUUUCUUCAAACGGCUGGCCAAAAUUCGCGAGGGGUCGGAUACAACCACGCUUACUACCGAUUUCGACGACCUGGAGGUGGUUUUUGGCGUGCCUGUCUGGCAUGCAGGUGCGCACGAUCUUCAAUGUAGAGCACAUCUUGCUCUGGCUUAUCUCUUGGGCAUGGGAAAGACCGAUGGAGAGGCGAUGGAAAGGAUAUGGGCUAGUUUGAACCCCGCCAGCUGGGCUACGAAGGAAAUGGGCGAAGGAGGUCGACACGAUGUAUUGGAGGACAAGGUGGAUCAUCUUAAUUUCGAGAAAAAUCUGGGACUAGGAAGGGCGUUGUCUCGCAAACUCAUCGUCGCCAUCUCGAACGCCGGGCGUCAAGGCAACGAAUUUGCGGAAUUCGACCAAAGCAUCAACAAAGUCAAGCGAAAACCAAUGGCGAACUCUCAUGGACAACUGGGUGGAAACGCUGCUGGCCCUACCGAGCGGGAAAUUGUGCAAGACUUGAAGAAGGAAGAGCUUGAGGAGGUCAGGGCUGGCCGAAUUCCUGUCUUAGAAGGCAAGAUGACGGUUGUGGCUUUCAUCAAAGCGGGCCUUCAAUUGCAAAACUUGCAGAGGCGAAUCCGUGCGGCUCUGAAAAACAAGUCCUUGACAGCUGACCGUGCAAGUCAGAUUCAAGAGCUGCGACUAUCUCUCGUCAAACAAACACAGGCUUUCCAAAAGCUGCAAUUAACUUACAUGCCUGGGGUCGAGGGCUUGCGUCAAGCGGACGAUACAAAACGCAACCCAGAUCAACCGACUCCGCCACCAGAAGACACGAAGCUUUACCUGCCGUCAGACCUCACACAUACUGAGCGUUUGCAGGCAUGCGUCCAACGCGUUGUUGACACCGAGGUCAACCUUCGCCGUGGUCAAUGUACCGAUGCUUUGGUUGCCCUGCGGGCAAAAACUCUUCGCCCAGACGCAUAUGAUCUGGUUUCGCGAUCGCAAUCUUGCAUCACCAGAAUCGUGGCUAAAUAUCGUUCUGCGCAAGAAGCGAUCGUGAAGCUAAAAGGGCCCGCCUUUGCCCCGGAGUUUCAGAAGCUGGAAGAUGCAGAUGUGAACUGCCGAGUUGUGGAAGAGAACGACAUUGAAGCAGCCCAACGGCUUAGAGCGCCUUCGCGCGGAAAAGUGUCUUGGAUUUGGCAGGCCGAAAUCGGAAGCGAAGCCGAAGAAAUGCAUGAUGCUGUUCGUGUGGAGUGGUCAAAAGCCAGGGCUCGUCGCGCGCGUUGGAACGAAGAAGUCGAACUCAUCCGUGAAGAAAUGAAACGUGUUUUGCGUUCAUUGCGGUUUGCGCAGAACGAGUGGGCAGCACGUGCCACCUCUGCGAGACUCUUUGUCGACCCAGAGGUGGCGAAUGGUCUGCGCGCGUAUGCUCUUCGCCAGGUGGAGCUACACAAACGAAUAGCUGAAGGGUUCUACACCGAGUGGCGGAAAUCAGUUUCGGAUGCGGUGAAAGAGGUUAUGGCUCAAGAUGGGGCUCUGUAUCGACAUUUGCUGGAUGGAGACUCAGAGGUUGGUGGAAUGGCUGAGCUAGAAAGCAACAAUUUGUAG